AUGAAAAAGAUAAAGUUGAAUAUUACAAGGGACGAUAAUAAUUUAGAGAAUAAUAUAUAUUAUGUAUGUGAAAAAAAUAUAUUAAUUUCAAAUUUAACCUUAACAAUUAAUUAUGAUGAAAAUAAUAUACAAGAUGAACAAAUAAUAGAUGAAAAUGAAUUCAUAAAUCAAAGUUCUAAUAAUAUAGAUAAUAAUGAAGUGACUGAAGAUAAUUAUAAAAGUGACAUAAAUAAUAAUAAAAAUAAAAUUCUGAAUAUAAAAAUAAGUUUUAAUGAUGAAUCCUUAAAUAAUUUAUAUAUGAAUAAUAUAAUUUAUAAUUUGUAUGAUUAUAUAUUUGAAAAUAAAAUUAAUAAUGUAAAUAUAAAUAAAAAUCACAAAUGGAAUAUAUUUAUAAAUAUAUAUGUAUAUGAAUAUACACCAUAUAUAUAUGAUCAUAUUUGUAAUGUUAUAAAUGUACAUUUAUCCAUAUUGUUAUUUCCAUUAUGUUUUUAUGAUUUCGAUUCAAGAUGGUAUAGAUGUAUAGAAAAUUUUGAAGAAUUAUAUAAACAUCUAGUAUGUACAAAUAACAAAAAUGGAUUAAACGAAACAUUAACACAACAACGUAAUAAUAAUAAUAAUAAUAAUAAUAAUAAUGAUGAUGAUGUACAAAUAAAUAAGUGUACAAAUCAUAGUAUAUGUAAUAAUGAUAAAGUAAAAACAGAUGAUAUAUACCUAUUAGAUAAAUAUGAGCAAAAUAAAAAUAUCAUUAUUAAUCAAAUUGAAAAUACCAAUUUCGAUUUAUUUAUUCAAAUAAAAAAUAAUGAAUUAGUUGGCUUCUUUAAAAGACUACUAAUUAAUUUUAUUCCAAUUAUUAAUACAGUUAAUAUAGAGGGGCAAUUUAUUUAUCUUAUCAAAUAUUUAGAUUAUAAGCACUUCUUUUUAAAUACUAAACAAAACGCUCAUACCAAUGAAUAUCAUAAUAUUAAUAAUAUGCAUACAUUUUUAAACUUUAAACAGUAUACAUCAUUUCAAAAUGUAACGCAAAAUGAUUAUAAUAACGAUUUGGAUAAUAAUAAUAAUAAUAAUAAUAAUACACAUAGUGAAUAUAAUACAAAUAACAUUAAUAUGAAUGAAAACUAUUAUAUCCUUUUUAAUGCUGCAACGAUAAGUUUUGAUGAGCAGAAUAUUUUGACAAAUUCUAAAGACAUCAUUCAAUUUUAUUACAACUUUAUAUUAAAUUAUGCAAUGAAUUAUUAUUUAAAUAAUUAUUUAAAAUAA